AUUCUGAGUCCUGGGAUGUCCUUAACUCUGCCUAUCAUCUUCAGACCUUUGGAAAAGGAGUAUGAAGAUAGCAUCCUCUUUGAAAAACCAGAGGGAGAAUUCUCUGUUGCAUUGUGUGCUAAGCUGCCACGCUUCAGCUUGCACUUCCCAGACAGCAUUCAGCUCCCUCCCUGUGCUGUCUAUGACUGUACAUGGGCUUCGUUUAUCCUGCACAAUGAUGGGGAUGUAUCUACAUGCUUUAGCUGGGAGGUGUCAACACCUUUCAGCUUUAUUCCUUCUCGUGGCAUGUUGGAUCCAGGUGAAGAGUACUCAAUAAAGGUGACCUUUCAACCUCAUGCAGCUCUGGUGCAUGAUGUGUCAGCAACAUGCAGCUUUGGAGAAACUCAGGAGCAGAAGUCCAUGAGAUUGACAGCUGUUGCCAAAUAUCCCCAUCUGCUGGUGAAAGUACCAGGAGACUCAUGUGAAGAAACUGGGCAUAGACAUUUCUGGGAUGUGCUCUGCUUUGGCUCUGUUGCUGUUGGUAGCACUGUGGAAAGAUAUGUGGAGAUCUGCAAUAUGUCUGUGGUUAAUGCUCCAUUCCGGAUUGAAAGAUCAAAGGAAUUAAUGCUUCGUGAUUGUGACUUCUCUUGUGAUGUCACCCAAGCCACCGUCUCAGCUGCUGGGAAGUUUCUCGUCCCCUUUCAUUUCAGCCCAAGGAUUGUGGGUAUGAACAGUGUGGACUAUUUCACAGUUGCACCUGCUGGGAAUGUGACACAUUCUGUCCUGAAGCUGACAGGAUCAUGCAAAGGUCCUGGAGUUUCUCUUCAGCAUCCUUUUGUCUACUUCAGCUGCAUUACCCUGGGGGAGAGCUUAACUCAGACCUUAAAUAUCACCAAUACUUCUGAUGUCCCAGCCUAUUAUCAAUUUGACAUUGACUGCGGGCAGAGUAUCUUUUAUGUUGACUACCCAUGUGGGAUAUUGGCUGGGAUGUCCACUAUUACACUGAAGGUGACCUUCCAGCCCACCUAUCCAAUGAUUUAUUACCGAAGAGUGGUUUGCCUUGUGCAUCACCAGGAGCCAUUGUUCCUAGAUUUGUUUGGAACAUGCCACUCAGACACAAUGAAACCAGAAAUUCUGAAACUGAAGGACCUUACAAGAUACAGGACGCAUAUGGCCCGAGGACUGACCUUUUACCCACCAGAUGUCUUGGGUACCAUGCUGAGGGAAGGCAAACUGCAGCUGGAUGAAAAUGGAGCCCUCACACUCCCACCAGAGGUGAAGUAUGGCAAGGCGCCUGAGGAAUAUCCUUUACUUGACCCCAUGGUUGAAUACUUCCAUGAUGGGGUAAACAAUGACCUCACUGUGUUUCCUCCUCACAUCAACCUGAGCACCAAGGAGUUUGAUUUUGGCUGCUGCGCAAAGCUUCAAAAUAUACAGCCACUUCCUCUCUGCCUGACCAAUUGCACAAAAGGAAAGAUCACUAUCAAAUGGACAAAGAAGACAGAGAGUCCCUUCCAGGUGGCCCCAGAUAGUUGUGACAUCCCACCUCUAAAAUCCAUGGCUUUCUGCAUCACUUUCCAGCCUCCUCAGCUCAACUCUUUGUAUGCAGCAGAACUAGAAGGGUUUGCCUUCUACAAGGUGUUGCGGAACUACAACAAUAUUGAAGAGCCCACCACCAUAUGCCCAUCCUGGAGCUUCACCAUCCGCUUGCGUGGACAUACUUUUGAACCUGGGCAAGAACACUUCAUCCCACAGUAUACUUUGGACUACCACAAGGUCUUUCCUCCAGUAUGCCAGAAAACUACCACCUAUUGCAGCAUGCUACUCUGCAACACAGGCACCACUCCCAUAAGCUUCCACAUAAGCCUGGAGAAGUGCCCUUCUGUCUUGGUCAAGCCUCACUCUGGGUUUAUUGCACCUGGAGCUCACCAGAUCCUCAUCCUCUCAACCUGUCCACAGGAAACCUCUGUACAGCAGCAUAGCUUGUCCUUGCAUCUCAACUUUUCUCCAUCAUUCACAAAGGAAAUCAUUCUCCAGAGCAAUGCUGAACCUCUUGUUCUACUCUUAGAAGAUGAUGGCAGCCUCUAUUUCAAACCCACAUGUGUGGGUCUCUCUUCCUCACGUACUUUUGCUAUAAAGAACUCCACCCGGCUACCCAUGUUCUUCAGGUGGAAGAUCCAGCAGUCUGACAAAAAGCUUCUGUCUGUCCGGCCUGCUGAAGGGACUAUUCUUCCCAAUGAAGCUUUGGCUCAGAUAUGGACCUUCACUCCUAAUGAGCAGAUAAAGUAUCUUCUGCGGGCUUGGGUGACAGUGUGGAGAGAUCAAGAGAUACUGGAUGACAAAGCCCCAGAGAGUGUUCGUUAUCCGCUACGGGUUAUCGGGGAAGGAGCACUGGCCACUUUAACAGCACUAGAGGAGCAGGUGGAUGUUGGCAGUAUCUUGGUUGGCAGAACACAGUCAUGUGAACUUGUAUUAUUGAACAAUGGGGCCUGUUCCCUAAAAUACAUAUUCAGUGUGGAGCAGACAAUCACUGGACCAUGUGACCCUGAAGAAGUUGCCAGUGACACACUAGCAAUAGAACUUGACCACUACAGCGGAACAAUUCCUGCUCGGGGAAAGAUCUUGCUGCGAGCAACUUUUAGCCCAGCCCGUCGGUUGCACUACACCUGGACUAUCUUUUAUGCCCUCUCCACUGUGAAAGCCAUGGAACCUCUUGUGGGAAAGCAGCCAGUCUGUAGUGUGACAGCCACAGGCAUCUAUCCAUCCAUCUGCAUCACUGAUGCCUGUGGGACAGGCAGUGCCCGUGGCAUCAGCAAGCUGCACCUUUGGCGGCUUUUUUCCCUGGAGACUCUGAAUAAGUACCUGGAGCGAGAUCCAACUCCACAAGAGCUCACCUUCAGAGUGCCUACCAGACACAGCACACAACGAAUGCCCCCUGUUUACACCCCUGUCAUGCUGGAUUUCAACUUUGGUGCUGCUCCUGUCGGAAGUGAGCCCUCUACAAUGGUGCUGAUGCUGCAAAAUAGUGGGGUGAUGCCUGUGAACUGGGCCUUUCUGUUUCCUUCUGACCAGAAGAUAGACAUGGAAUACUGGGCAGAAAGUGCUGAGUUUGAUCCCAGUGAGCUACACCAGAUGCGGAUCCAGGAUAACCGACUUUUUAGCAUUUGUCCCAAGGCAGGAAAUCUUCUUCCAGGGCAAGAGCAAACUGUACAUCUAUCCCUUAGACAUAAUUUCAUUGGUACCGACCAGCUCCCAGUGUUGUUGAAGAUCUCCCAUGGUCGAGAAAUUCUGCUAAAUUUUAUUGGUGUGACUUUGGAUCUGGAGCGGCACUACAUUCACUUCACUUCAACCAAACACGUGUUUACACCCAUUGCUAUUGGCACCUUUGACCCUCCUAAACAGGUCUAUGAACUGUACAAUGGAGGGGCUACAGAAGUAGUUUACGAGAUCCAGGUGGAUGCUCUGAUGAAAGUUCAAGAAGAAAAUCACCAGCAUGCAGUGUUUCUCUGUUUAAAUCCAAAAGGAGAGAUUGGUCCAGGCUUGACUGCCCACACUGAGUGGAUUUUCUCCCCACUGGAAGCCAAAAUGUACUCUGUUAACACCCCUUUGCAUAUUAUAGGUGCAGAUUGUUUACCAGCGCUAGCGGUGUAUUUAUCUCAGCCCCGGAUUUGUUUUGGCAACAUUCCAGUUUACAGCAAAUGCAGCCGCCUCUUCUUUCUCAACAACACUUCUGAGAAGGAGGCAAUAGUUUUUACUUGGUACAUUGGGACUUCAAAUGCCACAGUGGUGUUGAACAUUGUUCCAGAGACUGGAAUUGUUCCAGCUGGAGAGAGCACUCAUUGUGUUCUCACACUACACACGAGCGAAAACCCUUGCUUCUACGAUGUUGAUCUGAUCUGUGAGAUUUUCACACAGCAACCACUGGAUCAGUAUGAAAAAGAGCUGAAAGCAUGGGAAACUGAGAAGGCACGGCAGGCUGUGGAGUUCACCAUCACAGAAAAGGAUCUGCACAUAAAGAAGAAUGUAAAAGAACUUAUGAGGAGUUCUUCAAAAUCCGUGGAGUCAGCAAAACCCUCCAUGCCACUUAGAGAGAUCCAGAAAUACAAGACUCUUCCCCCCAUUAAAAACAGCAAUGCACCUAACCCUCCUGCCAGCCGUAGCCAGAGGAGGCAAACAGAGGCCAGAAAAUUGUGGGCUAAGCCAGAGCCCCCCCUGCCCUUCCUCAUGCACUUGGGGGUCACAGCCCGGUCUCACUCAGUCGAUGAUUUCUUGGACAACUUCUCCGGUGAAAUGCUCCAGCAUUUCCUCUACCGCCAAAUUAAAACAACAGCAGCAAGAAAUAAUGCUUCAGAUACAACUCCUCUCAGCAACAGCAAGAACAAGCAACAAACUGCAUUGGCUUCAACUAGGCAGGAACUAGUAAACUGUUCAAAACAGGAAGCACAACUAGUAACAGAUGUGUUGUCUACAGUAAUCAAGGGCUUGCUGGAGGAGACCCAGUUUCACGAGGCAGUGAUGAGAAGUAUUGCGGAGCCCACGCCGUACUUUUGCCAGUUCUGGAGUGAGGAGUCUGCCAAGCUGCAUGACAAGAAGCAGAGUACUGGUACCUCCCCUACAACUCCUUCCCCGGAGGUCAGUGCUAAGGACAAGACAGGAGAGGAAGACACUAGGAGAGGGGAGGUAUCCCCUUCAGGGACUUCAGAUGCUGUAGAGAGCCUGAGUGUCAUCAUUCGCAAGGAACAGUUCCUGGAGGAGAGAGAAGCCAUUCUCAGGAUGCCGGCAUAUGCAAAUCUGGCAGAAUUGGUGCUGGAUAAUACUAUCCAGAACGUUCUGGUGGAGGCCAGUCGUGGUGAGGUGGUGCUGACAGCGAGACCCAGAAUCAUUGCCCUCCCUCCUCUUCUCUUCCAAAAAGAUUUCAGUUCUGCUGAGUCCUGCGACAGGCUGUCCCAGGUUUUUGUGGUACCGCUGAGCUGUCUGUCGAGUGAGAUGAAGGAUUCUGAUCGGCAGCGGCACAUCACCUUGCCCUCUUAG